ACUGCCUGAAACGCAGAAGAAAAGUAGGAAAGUAUUGAAAUCAUACGGAUCAUGAUCGCCUGGCCUUGCCUCGGUGAGCUGAUCGUGUUUGGAGUCUGGACGGAUUCCUGUGCUUCUCUAUGUGACGAGACUCAAAAACAUGAAUAACGUACCUCUUUGCAUCUCUGUGACUUUGUCUCAUCUCUGCAACAAGCGAAGGAGGGCUUGAUCGGUUGAUCCUAUACGGCUGUCCUCUCAGAUGAAAAAUACUAUGAUGUGACUAUCUUGAUCGGUCGAUGAGAUGGUGGUCUGCAAAUGCCGCAAGGCGACAAAGCUUUAUUGCUUCGUGCAUAAGGUCCCUGUUUGUGGGGAAUGCAUUUGUUUUCCAGAGCACCGAAUAUGUGUGGUCCGUAAUUACUCCGACUGGGUGAUAGAUGGAGAGUAUGACUGGCCUCCUACUUGCUGCCUAUGCAAGGCUGUGCUUGAAGAUGGGCCUGACCCUCAAACUGCUCGAUUGGGUUGCUUGCAUGUGAUACACACAAAUUGCUUGGUAUCCCAUAUUAAAAGCUUCCCUCAACACACUGCACCAGCAGGAUAUGUGUGCCCUUUGUGUUCUACUGCGAUAUGGCCUCCUAAAAGUGUCAAAGAUUCAGGAUCUUCUCUUCACUCAAAACUGAAAGAGGCUAUUAUGCUGAGCUUUCUAUGUCCAAGGAAGAACAUCAACCUGCUGGCUUCUGGUCGGCGCUACCACACUUCAAACAUAAUGGUUGCCUACACUGAAUACAUUCUUAUCCAUGGAAUUUCCUUAUGAGUCCACAAUGUCAAGUGCCAGUGCAAAUGUUGUAAUCAAGAUUCAGUUCAUAUUUGGGGAAAAGAGUGUCGUAUAUAUACACAGGAAAAAGUUGUGUAAUGCAGGUUACUCUUGAUUGACGGACUGUUAUGACAAACUAUUCUUAAGAGGUUAUGACAACAGCUACAAGAAAGAAAAUUAUGUAACAACAACAACAGCACCUUAAUUCUCUAACAGCUGUAAGCCAGCUGCCCUCACUUGUUGGCAAUAGACCAAGGCAGAUCCGACCAGCAACCCUUAGGUGCUGUAACCCGGUUAUCUCCUUCAAGUGUGAUACAACGAUCAGCAACAGAAUUGGCUUCAACAUUACAUUGGAGAGCUUCUAUAGCAUGAGGAUUCUACUCACAAGCAUAAACCAGCUUGUACUGAAAAAAGAAAGGAAAAGGAAGAACAAGGAAUAAGAAAACACACCUUGGAACCAGUAUCAGCAUGCAGAUUAGAGCACAUUUUCCUCAAAUAAAGUGUUCGUCUUUGGUUGCUUGGCUUCGCCUGAGUGCCUAGGUGCCUGGCAACUGCUAUGGCUUGCCUUGGUGCCAUGAUAACACUUGUAAAACUUGCCUGGUAACAAAAAUUGUAUAGAUGGCACUCAAAUUCUCUCUGAAUGUGAAGGCGCCGACUUCUUGCUAGGACAUCAUGUAAUAUUUGCCCAUUGUUGCAAGAACUUUUAUUGUCCUGGGAAAUUGGGGGAAAAAUCAAUGUGGAAUGAUGAUUGGUCUGGUAGGGGAACUUUGUGAUCCAUGCUCCAAUAGUCCACCUUACAUUGCAAAGACCUUCUGGUUGGCGAAUAUUUUGUGUUGAUGAAUGGUGGUGUCGUCUGAAAUCCUCUCACCUAGAGGGCUCUGACAGAGAGAAAUGGAAGGAUGUAAUUUAUUAUUUUUGGUGAAGUCUGUCUACCAGUUGAUUACUGCUUUGAGAAACACUGUUUCUCCUGUUUCAAGAUUUUAGGUGACCUGUACCCCCCUUAUUGUAUGUUUCUCCUGUUACAAGAUUUGGGGUGACCUGUACCCACCAUAGUAGAUGCUUUUAUUUGGUUUUAGUGGUUCUGCUUAUUGCACCCUUCAUAGCCCUGGUAUCUAUUUUUCUAGCAAGUAUGUAAUGUGUGAAGAUGAAUAAAAUGCACACUAGUUGUUAUUCAA